AUGGUAGUGAGUCUCAGGAGAGGAAGGGAUUUGGAUAGAGAGCAAAACAUUUCUCAAUCUAAUAGAAAUGUAGUUCCACUUACUCUAGUGCCAUUUGAGAUCGAUGAGUUGACGGAGCUUAUAGAUGUUGUAAUUGAACAAGCACAAGUUGACAAAGUGACAAGACGUAUGGCUCAAAAGUUGUCUGAUCCCGGCAGUUUCACUAUCCUAUGCACAAUUGAAAAUUAUGCUUUUGCUAAAGCAUUGUGUGACUUGGGAGCCAACAUUAACUUGAUGCUCUUGGCAAUCUACAUAAAUUUAGGCAUUGACAGAGCUAGACCAACCUCAAUGUUGCUGCAACUAGCUGAUCGCACAGUGAAAAGGCCAAUAGGAAUUCUAGAUGAUGUGCUCGUCCAAGUGGGGAAGUUUGUAUUUCCUGCUAAUUUUGUUAUACUUGACUUCCAGGUUGAUGGAGAAAUACCCAUAAUUUUGGGUAGGUCGCUCUUAGCCGCUGGGAGAGCGUUGAUUGACUGUGAAACCGGAGAGUUGAAAAUGAGGUUGAAUAAUAAAGAAAUAAUAUUCAAUGUUCAACAAUUUAUGAGGAGGCCAAACAAAUUUGCAAAUUGUCGCCAGUGGAGGCAGUUGAUGUGA